AUAGGUUUUUCUAAUCAAAUUGCAAUCGCUAACAUUUCUAGCUGUCAAAAUUUUCAGUUAACAGUAUAAAGAUCCUUGUAAAUUCCUCGUCAUACGAACCAAAUAUUAUUUCGGUUACGAAAAUUCUUCACAGAAAAUUUAAUAAUAAAAAUUCAUUAAAAGAUUUAUUUAAAAUUUUCGAGCAUCAAAAAUAAAAGGUAAUGUGACGGAUAUGACAAAAAUUCCAGUGCUUAAAACGGAAAUGGCUCGAUUCUUUUAGAGUUUUUUGUGAAAAAUCACGAAUUAGCUUAACAAAAUGGGACAAACUAUGGGCAGAAUGCCUGAAACGUGGGAAGGUCUCCUGGAAGAGAAAGAUCGUGUUUUACAUUGGAGUUCCGAAGUGUUGGCGAGAGUGCAAGAUAACGUUAGGAACGAAGAUACGUUCUUGAUGGAUUAUGAUGACGACAAAGUUGACGCCAAGAUCGACACGUGGAUUAAAACUAAUCGGACGCGGGUCGACGAGACAUUUAAUAAGUUUCCAAACGCGUCAGCUCAGUUAAAAAAUGUAGUUAACACUGGAAUAGAAAGGCUUAUUGAAGAAAUACGAGCGAAAAUGAGGAAGGAUUAUCAGAAUGCAUACAAUGACAUUAAGAAGUUCAACAAGAAAGUGGAUCAAUUGGGUUCAGAUGAACGAAAAAUUCACGCUGAAAUACAAAAUCUGGAGGCGGAAUGUGCGGGCAACACUCCAAAAUUUCGAAAGAAAUUUGGACCGUUGCGAUUAAAUGUUUUUGACAAUUUAAGAACCGGCGAGAAAAUGAUAUUCCAAGAUAAAAGACUAAAAAGCGAUUUUACGAAAAAAGUUUACGAUAUUGAUCACAAAAACUCUGCCGAGUGCGUGAAACGGAUCGAUAAAUUGCUUAAAGAUUUUGAAAAAAAUGCAGCAAAAGAAGGAAUAUAAAUAAAAUGGCG